GUCAAAUAGUACAAGACUGUCAACUGUCAAAAGUCAAUUUGUCAUAUACAUCAUCACGGGAAAAUAAUACUGUUGCGUUGUUUUUAGUUUGUGGCUUGUGGCAGUGGUAAUUUCAAGGGAAAGCGCAGUUUUGUAGUGAAAAUGUGUAGUGUAGAUUAAUAUUUGUAACAUAAAUAGCUUUGUGACAUGUUUUGAAUAAGAAGUGAACUAUUAAUCAGUGAAAAAUGCCACCUACCGUACAAACAAAUGAGCCGGAAAGAGACAAACGUCCACAACGGACAGGCGAAAGGAGAUCGGAGCUAGUGACACGUGUAAAAUACUGCAAUACCCUCCCAGACAUACCUUUUGACUUAAAGUUUAUCACGUAUCCAUUUUCAUCAACAAGAUUCAUACAAUAUAAUCCGACCUCCUUGGAAAAGAAUUAUCGGUAUGAAGUACUUACGGAGCAUGACUUGGGUGUGCACAUUGACCUGAUAAACCGGGACAUAUAUCAAGGAGACGGCAAUGCUGUACUGGAUCCCGCUGACGAGAAACUAUUGGAAGAUGACAUCCUCACUCCUCAGGAUUCAAAGAGGUCGCGACAUCAUGCUAAGAACGUAUCAUGGUUGCGUCGCUCCGAGUAUAUCUCUACUGAGCAGACUAGGUUCCAGCCUCAAUCUAUGGAGAAGAAGAUCUUCAGUGAAGAAACUCUGUACAUGGACCGCGAGAGUCAAAUCAAAGCUAUUGAAAAGACAUUUGAGGACAACAAGAAGCCUAUAGAGAAACAUUAUAGUAAGCCGGGAGUUACUCCAGUGGAAAUUAUGGAAGUAUUCCCUGACUUCGAUAUGUGGAAGUAUCCUUGCGCUCAGGUCAUAUUUGACUCAGACCCGGCGCCUGCUGACAAGAACAUUGCUGGACAGAUCGAGGCUAUGUCUCAGGCUAUGAUUCGAGGUGUGAUGGAUGAAAGCGGCGAGCAGUUUGUGGCCUACUGCUUACCCACUGAGGAAACAAUACAGAAACGUCGCCGUGAUAUUGCUGAGAACAUGCUCUACAUGGACGGUGACACAUAUGAGUACAAAAUGGCUAGAGAGUACAACUGGAACGUCAAGAGUAAAGCCUCUAAGGGUUAUGAGGAGAACUAUUUCUUGGUUAUUCGCAACCAUUGUGUCUACUAUAACGAGUUGGAGACCCGCGUACGCCUGUCCAAGCGGCGCGCUCGCGCCGGUGUGGCUGCGCAGGCGCUGACUCGCUUGGUCGUCACACAUCGACCGCUUAGCGCACCGGAACAUCGCAUGCUUAGGUUGCGAGAGAAACAACUUGAGCCGCCACAGGAGGAAGACGAAGAAGAGGAGGAAGAUGAUGACGAUGAUGAAGAGGAUAAGCAGGAACAAAAUGGAGAGAAGGAGAGAUCACGAUCCCGUUCGAAAUCUGGAUCAAAAUCGCCUCAAGGAUCAGAUCGGUCCAAAGCUUCAAAAUCAAGAUCAAGGUCUGGAUCACGAGAUCGCUCCCGCUCGAGAUCCAAAUCCAAAUCAAAAUCCAGAAGUCGUUCUCGUUCUGGAUCCGGUUCCAGAAAGUCCAGAUCACGUUCUGGGUCCGCACGUUCGGGGUCUGCGAGGUCCGGUUCAGCUCAAUCUCGUUCCCGCUCCCGCUCUCGUUCCCGAUCUCGUUCAAAGUCUGGUUCCCGCGCAUCAUCGCGAGCAUCUUCCCGCGCGAGCUCUAGGAGUGGAAAGGGAUCUCGUGCCAGUUCUGCAAGUGGAAGGGGCUCCAGAGCCAGCUCUAAAGCCAGUGGCAAUCAAGUUCCAGGGCAAGUUCACGUGCCUCAUCUCGGGCAAGCAAACGAUCCUCGCGAGCAUCCUCGAGAGGAUCCCGUGCCUCAUCCAAGUCUAAAGCUUCAGGCUCCAAGGCAUCUUCUCGGGCAAGUUCUAGAAGAAACUCUGGCUCUGGAAGUGGAUCGGACAGGUCAAGAAGUAGAUCUGGAAGUGGAUCUAGGAAGGGUUCCCGAAGUCGUAGUGGAUCGGCAUCUAGUGGAUCAUCACGACACAGCGGCUCUGACUAAACUGACAAUUAAUUACAUCAACAUUUAUAGUAAGGGUAUCUGCGCAAAUAUAUGGAGGUCUAUUCGAGUGACGUAAAUUGGUACAUAGAUCUAGCAUUUUUCACUUAUCGGCAGAUGAUUUAGCCAUUUCUAUAUCAUUAUCUGUGGUUUACUGCGG